AACAGAGGAAGAGAGAGAGAGAGAGAGGGAGGGGAAGGAGAAGAGUGAGAGAGGCAGAGAGGAGUAAAGACACCAAAGUUGUGACUUGACAAAAGAGGGCAGGUACCAGAGGCAGGACUAUGAAGGCUGGCGCAGGACUCGUCUCUGCAUUAGCACUGUUCCUCCUGAUGGGGGCAGUGUUCACCCAGAGAGUUCGGCCAAAGAAGCCCACCAGGCGCCCAGCCACCACCAGGAAGCCUUCUGUCCCCAAGCCUGCUGCACCCGCACAGCCAGAGCCUGUGGAGCCAACAGACUUCCCCCCACCCAUCCUGGGCCCACCCUCUAUCUAUCCUGACUGCCCACGCGAGUGUUUAUGCUCCCCAAGCUAUCCCAACUCUCUUAACUGUGAGAACCGCAACAUCCGUGUGAUCCCUGUCAUCCCAUUUAGAACCCACUACUUGUACCUGCAGAACAACUACAUCUCAGAGGUGACAGCAGAGGCAUUCUCCAAUGCCACUGAAGUCCGCUGGAUCAACUUGGCUAAUAAUCGGAUCCAUCAAAUAAACAAGCAGGUGUUUGAGAAGAUCCCUGACCUGCUGUACCUCUAUGCACAAGGUAACCAGCUGAAAGAGGUCCCUUCAGGUCUCCCAGCAAGCCUAGAACAGCUCCGCCUUGGCAGGAAUCGCAUUUCUAAGAUUCCUGCCGGUUCCUUCAGCAAGAUGGGGAACCUGACUCUGCUUGACCUCUACAACAAUCAGCUGAGUGACAGUGACCUGGGAAGGAACACAUUUAAGGACCUGGGGAGCCUCAUGCAGCUCAAUCUGGCUCGUAACAACCUGAAAAAGAUGCCUGCUGGUGUACCAACUGGCCUCAUACAGCUUUUCCUGGACAGGAACAACAUAGAUGACAUCCCAAAAGACUACUUCAAAGACUUCACCAAGCUGGCGUUUGUGAGGCUGAACCGCAACCAGCUGAGUGAUAAAGGAGUUCCCAAGGCUGUGUUCAACGUAUCCACCCUGCUGGACCUGCAACUGUCCCACAACCAGCUCGCUUCUGUUCCUCUUUUCAGCUCUCACCUGGAGCACCUGCACCUAAACCACAACAGCAUCGAGAGCAUCAACGGCACACUGAUCUGCCCAUUCAGCCUGCAGGAGGACCUGAGUGAUCUCAGCCUGGUGCCAAAACUAAGGUACCUGCGUUUGGACGGAAAUCACCUGAGCCCCCCAAUUCCUCUGGAUGUCAUCAUGUGCUUCAGACACCUCCGCUCCAUCGUGUUGUAGGAGAACCAUGCUUGAAGGCCUGGGGGCAUGCACGCACACACACGCGCACACACACACACACACACACACACACACACACACACACAGAAAAACACCAAACCACACAUGCACACACAUACACACAAAUACACACAGUCCAAACUGAAUUUAAGGCAAAACAUGCUCAGUGAGGCACAAUCCAACUGUGCGUGAACUCCGAACAAAUGAGAAAAAUGUAAUGCCAUUCAAGUUUCAUUGUUGAGAGAUCUAAGAGAAUGAGAAAGAUGAACUACGAAUCUACAAAGAGUGGAUAUACUGACAAUUAGGGUUAGGUUUUUGUAGGAGUAACAGUUUAUCUGUUGUUUUUUUGCUUAUUAAAUUACAAUGCAAAAGUGAGUAAAGCCUGAAAAUACAGGUACAUUGACAGACAUGCUACAGAUAUGGAGGGUAGUUAUGUUCACUAGCAGAUGAGUACAGCUGCCACCGAGGACAACAGACAGACCUGCAGUGGACGACAGAAGAACAAGUUUAAAACAUUCUGUAACUACCAUGUAGUUGAGACUGUCCCGAAUGUGCCUGUGAUUUUCAAGGUACUCCAUGUAAAAAUGUCAUUAUAUUCUUUUUAUUCUUAGUCUUCUGUAUAUUAUUCUUCUGUAUAAAGAAGCUUUGUACAAAUAAUGGAAAAUAAAACUUUUUCUUUGAUCAUUUGAC